CAAUUACCCCGGAGAGUGGAAGAUGAAUUGAUUGCACCCGGUGGAAGCAUUGUUGAACAGGUGUAGCAGUAGCAGCAGCAGACCGCGCGGUACCUUAGCAGUGAACCACCUGACGACCCCGUCCGACCCCGACCCGACGACCACGGCGACCCCAUCCCGUCACCAGCGCCAGCGAUCGAACUAGGGAAAAUGGGGAACAACCCCUCCACCUCCAGAGACUCCAAGACCCCGAAUCCGCCAUCCUCCUCCUCCUCUCAAUCGCAGUCGCAGCACCAGUCGCAGGCUUCGAUCCAAAAUGACUCUGCCAGGGCAGUGAAGCGCGACACUAAGCACCCUAUACCGGUCCAACAUCAGCGAGUCGCUGCCCCUCCUGAGCCCUCCCUGACCCAGGCCCAGGGCACCGCCGUCCAGCCGCCCUCAACCUCCGCUCGUCCCAAGUCGCUGCACUCGCGAAUGCCACCUUCUCAGAGCGGCUCGCCGGGCUCGUCGGUGCCUCCCAGCUCUGUCACCCCUACCCAACCUGUCGAAGUCAGACAGCCGAGACCCGAAGGCAGUCAUGAGCCCGCGAAACCCGUAGCGGUGCCCGCUCCCAACCACGCCUCGUCGUGCUCACCUAGGUCGUCGGUGCGAUCACCGCUAUCAGAGAGAUUGGAUGCCUUUGAGACUGCGGCUAUGCAGAUGAGCAGUCUGCAAGAUGUCUCGUAUCUGACCAGGCCGCCACGACUACCUUUGCCGAUCGAAGAAGAGGUCCACACGCCCGGAUCGCCUAUCAUUGCCCCGACCGACAUUGGGGUACCACUUGAGGACGCCGACACCUUUACUGCGCUCACCAGACGCUCUUCCAACUUGAGUAACAGCUCAACUCUGGAUGAAGAAGACACGGAGGAGCUACGGGUGGACAAGACUAGACCGACUGUCCCCACUAGGCUCGAAUGGCUCCGUGGCGGCGAGAAGGUGUACGUGACAGGCACCAUUUUCCAAUGGAACAGGAAGACACGACUACACCCUGUUGAGGGCCGACCGGGUGUAUUCGCUGCCACCAUCAAUAUUCUUCCGGGGACACAUCACGUUCGCUUCUUGGUUGACGGGCAGAUGCAGACUUCGCCAGACUUGCCGACCACGGUGGACUUUGGCAACAACCUGGUCAACUACAUCGAGGUCAGUCCUGAUGAUGUGGGGCGCGCCGCUGUCCAGGGAGCUGCUGCGAGCGCCGACAAGGAUUCCCAGCAACCUACGGAGCCCAAGACCUCCGCGUCCCAGACGGAGGAAAGCAAGACACCUAGGGACCGACCUGUACCUCCGGCGGAGCUAUUUGAGAACAAGAUCCCACAAUAUCUACUCGACUUCGACGCGCCUGAGGAAAGUCCACCUUACCUGAGUGCUGUCAACGCCAUCGAGAAACUCCCUACGCCGCCUGCGCUUCCUGGCUUCCUCGGCAAGCCCAUUCUCAAUGCGGCCACCUUGAUCAAGGAUGACAACAGCGUUCUGAACAUGCCCAAUCAUACCGUUCUUAACCAUCUAGCUACUAGCAGUAUUAAGAAUAAUAUUCUGGCUGUUUCGGCUACGACGAGAUAUAAGAACAAGUAUGUGACGACCAUCAUGUACAAGCCAACAACCACAGAAGGUAUUUGAGUUUGGGAAGGUUAGUAGACAGGACUGGGACCAGAUGGCUGGUGGCUACCACACUAGACGAACAGCGCAAGUCAUCAGUAAAAGAGCGGUGCAAAAUGAACCGCCUGGUAUGACCUAUUCUAUACGUGUCUACGAGUAAUGUUUGUACGACGCUGUAGCGAUGACCAGGGCACUUUA